AUGGCAGCCACUCAACAACCAGCUGAAGAGUCCCUGGCAGCUCAAAUUAAGUCGGUCGACAUGAGCGACGACAUGUCAGACGAGGCUAUUGAAGUUUGUCGACAAGCUAUGGCUAAACAUUCGGUUGAGAAGGAUAUCGCACAAUACAUCAAGAAAGCUUUCGAUGAGAAACGAGGUCCAACAUGGCAUUGUAUCGUUGGUCGAAACUUUGGAUCAUUUGUCACCCAUGAAACGAAACACUUCAUCUACUUCUAUCUCGGCCACUGCGCGAUUCUCCUCUUCAAGACCCAAUAA